AUGAGAGCUCAACCGCUCCGGCCGUUGUUGCGGCUCCUGGCGCCAAGCAUCGACAUCUGCCGCGCGAACCAGGCGAGACAGCUUCACAAGACGAGACCGCCCCCGACAAUACCGCAGCCGCGGCCCUUUGUCCCCGACGUCCACACAUUCCUCACCCUUGUCGGCCGCGGGCUGAACAAGCACUCGUCCAAGUUCCCGACCUGGGAGUCGCUCUUCUCCCUCACCACCGCGGAGCUCAAGGAGAUCGGCAUCGAGCCCCCGCGCACCCGGCGCUACCUGCUGCAGUGGUUACAGCGCUAUCGCGCUGGCGCCCUCGGGCCCGGCGGCGACUUUGAGCACGUAAAGGACGGCGAGGCCCUGCUCCGCGUGGCCCUGCCGCCGGCGGAGGUCAUCAGCAACGCCCGGUGGGUCGUCAACGCCCCCCACGGCGAGGCCGAGGACGCGCAGCCGGCGCCCUCGACGCUCCCGCGACCCAGUGGAUACCUGGUGCAAGGGACCAGGUCGAUUGUCGGGCCCUUUGCGCGGCAGCUGCCGGGCCAUGGCGGGGCCGUGGUCAAGGUGACGGAGGGCAUGUGGGAACAGCGACGGGGGCGCAAGAUUGACGGUGGCGAGCGGCGGCGGGCAGAGAUUCGGUUCAAGAGGCGUUCUGCAGAGCGCAGGGCAGAGCGCGAGGCGGAGACGAUGGGCAGGGUGUAA